AUGGCACUUCGGAAGGCUCUGGCCCUCUCGACCGAAAUCACCCCCGCAUCCACCGUAGUCCUCCCAGAGGCACAAUGGACACUUCAUGUCGCCAGAACGCGAUGGAUGUUCACAGUAUGUAGUGAGAACCUCCACUGUUUCGACUUGGCCACUGGCCAGAUGGUUGGCUCGGUAAUAUUGCCCAGCCAAGUGAGCCCGAAACUACUCGGGGGUCAGGCUCAGUCAAAUGGCUCCAUUGUAUUAGCAUUUCCCUACAUGCAGAAACAGAAUGACGAAAUGACGUGGAAGAUCGAAUUUAUGAGCGUCACGUUCCUUCAAGAGCAGAAUGACCCCGUAAAAACAAGCUUUGGCUCGCUCAAAUGUAUCACUCUUCCUCCAGCCGUAUCCCGACAGUUCACGCGGUUCGACAUGCUCCUAAUGGAGGACCAAUACGUUGUUUUGUCCGGUGACUGGGGGUCGAGGAAGUUUAUUUUCAUUGAUUGGAGGCUUGAACAUGUCGUAGUUCAGUCAUUUCCUCAACUGUGGCGAACAUUCUCAUGGGAGAUCUCUGACGGUCGAAUUAUCAUCAUUUGUGAUAGCCUAGAGAUCAAAGUCAUUAACGUGAGACAAGCCCUAUCCAUGUACGACAAGGAAUCGGUAUUGGAGCCUUCUACGGCAUGCAGCCUAUCACGGUACAGAAGUGUUCAUUUUGCAAAAGGAGAUUACGGACAAGUCUCCGCCAUUGCACUAUGCGUGCCGAACAAUCAAGCUGGUUUGGGGAUCUUCCAGAUCUCUUCAACCUUGAUACAAGGCCAGAAUGAUACGGUGGCAACGUCCCCUGGGGUACACGACGGUACUCUCCUGGAUCGCUGUUUGGCCAAUCAGCAUACGAGUGCGAUUCCCCUCUAUAUAGGUUCGACGCUUGCCUUUCAGAUAGACGACCAUCACAUUGCACUGAAGUCCCACCAGAAGAGAAGAAAUGCCAGCGAGAUGAGGCUAGGUCUGACGGGUCUCCACCUGAACGCUAUCUUGGCCGUCGACGAAGAUAUCGGGAUGAUCGCAGUGAAGGAGAUGGACAAUAUCGGCAGAGCUCAGAUCCGUAUAUACUGGGUCAUAUAA